UUCAUACGUAUAAGUUUUUAUCGCAAAUAUAUUCAAAAGAUACUUAGUUUCAACAUGGUGACUGUAAACAAAAGCACGAAUGUACCUGAACUGGAGUGAUCAAGGCUAGCAUUGACUUACAAAGGGUCUGACAAGCUAGAAUGUUUAUAUCACGUCACGGUCAUGUGCUAGCGAGGUCGACGUGUCAAAUAGGUUCCGGCUUACUAGCAUAUUUUAAGCUCAAAUGCUGCAUCGUGUUCAGCGUUUUCUGUUACCUGUCAUGAGGAAUUUUGUUUCGUGAGACGGAAAGUCUGACACACUUGCUAUUGGUCAAUAGACGGUUGUCAGAUGUUGUGAUGGAAAUGGCGAACCUGACCAUAAACCUAUGCGAUGUUCCGGGGGAAUCCUCGGACUGCGCCGACAGUACAGAGGCACAUAAUCUUACCUUACACCAAUGUGCCAGAUAUGGAGACGAGUGUAACAUGCUAACUGAGCUACAGACUAUCAGCGGACACGUCAAGGAGAAAAUGAAUGCACUGGACGAUACAUUCCUGACUCCCCUGCACUAUGCAAUUCGCUACAACCACCUCAGUGUGGUCAAGUUGCUGGUGGACGCUGGUGCAGAUCUCAACGUGAAAGGCCAUGAAGACAUCACCCCACUCCACACUGCAGCCAGAUACCACAGAGCGAAGAUCAAGAGGAUGGAGACCAACAGUCCCGAAGAAGAGGAGUCAAUUAAGGGGAGUGCUGCAGCCAGUGGCCUCCUGUCUGUGGAGACCUCUGGAGAGGGCUGUAUAUCCUUCCUGAUCAAAACUGGUGCCGAAGUCAAUGUUGUGGAUAUCUAUGGACAGACGCCUCUACACUAUGCUGCCAUGAGCGGGAAUGAAAAUGCUGCAAGGGUUCUGCUGAACCUUACUGACAUAUAUCUUGACGCCCAAGACAUGCAGGGUGUCACAGCCCUCCAUACUGCAGCCGUUCACAGCCAGGAGGGCGUGGCAGCCAUGUUGAUCGAGGCAGGUGCCAACGUGCGAUGUAAAGACAUUGGGAUGGCCACGCCGCUGCAUCAUGCGUGUUCAAAGGGAAAUGUCUCCUUUGUGCAGAUGUUGUUUGAUGCUGCAUCAGGUCGUGCCGAAGGCUGGGUGAUGGUUUCAAGUAUGCUGACAGAUCGGGAUGUUGAGGAGAGCACAUGUCUCCACCUGGCUGUAGACAACGGACAUUAUGAUGUGGCCAAACUCUUCUUGGAGAAAUAUGCCGAUGUGAAUGUCCCCCGGAAACACGACAUCUAUCCUCUCCAUCUGGCCGCCAUGUCAGGAGACAUCCGGAAUGUCAAGCUGCUGGUGGAACACAAGGCUCGUGUUGAUGUGUUGAAUGACGAACAGGCAACUCCACUACACAAAGCAAUUGUGUUCAAUCAUCUGGAUGUUGUACAGUAUCUUGUUGAUCACGGUGCAAAGAUUGAUCGACGUUGCAAAGACAACUACACCCCCCUUCUGCUGGCUGUGACACACGGUCACGUCGAGACUGUGGAGCUCUUGUUACAGAAAGGUGCAGAUUACACUGCUGUCGACAAGAACGUCAAAACCGUCAUCUUCCUGGCAGCGGAAGAAAACAAAGCUCCAGUGUUGAAGAAACUAUUGUCUUACCCACAAGUAAAGCUGAUGAUCAAGGGAAAUGAAAGCUGUGUCACCAAUCCUGUGCAUGUUGCAGCUCAGGAAGGUUACAGCGAGAUCCUAGUGAUAUUGCUGGAGAAUGGAGCUCUUCCUGACAGCAGGAACGAAGAACAGCAAACACCAUUACAUCUCGCUGCCAUGUUUGGCAGGAUGAGCAAUGUGAGAGAGCUGGUGAAGCGUGACAAGUUAUUAGUCAAUGCCAAGGACGGGAACUCCAACACUCCUUUACAUCUGGCAGCCAUGCAGGGACAUGACAAGGCAGUAGCACUCCUCCUGGAGUUCGGAGCCGACGUUGCCAGCAGGAACUACAGUUUGUCGACCCCCCUGAAUCUGGCAGCAUCCGAAGGAUGUCUGAAGGCAUGCCAAUUACUGCUGGAACAUGGUGCAACCAUUGAAACCAUGGACAAAUAUGGGACCACUCCACUUCAUUUUGCGUGUCGCAAUGGACACCCCGCAGUGGUAAGCCUCCUCAUUGAGUGGGAUGCAAAUGCUACGUUGCCGGACUCCGAGGGUCUCAACAGUCUUAGUAUCGCCAUUGAAAACCACAACAAUGAUGUUGCCAUGGUGAUCAUCAACUCUGAGGUGUGGAAGGAUGCCUUGCGACAUGCAUCGCUCGACAUUGUUACAGGGCAUUUCGACACGCCCAUGAGAAAACUCAUCAGGAAGAUGCCAGAUGUGGCAGAGCGAGUGUUUGAUCGCUGCCUGAGCUAUGGCGCUGAGAAGAAUCCAGAGCGACCCGACUAUGAAAUCACGUUCAACUAUGAGUUCUUGGAUGAUGUGUAUGCGAAUUGGCUGGACACAAAGAGAGAGUCCUCCAGCGACACUGGAUCAAGUUCAGAUUAUGGGGUGUUUGAUGAACAUGGACGGGUACUGCCAAGUGCCAAGCCCUACGCAUCAGACUCCAGCAUCCUCAAGAUGAACCAUCCCCUCAAAAUAAUGGUGGCGUUGCGUCGGAAAGACCUACUGUCCCACCCUCUUGUCAUGUCCAUGUUGAACCACAAGUGGCUCACGCUCGGCUGUCCCUUGUACAUUGCCUCAGUUAACCUCUACCUGGUGUUCCUGACGUUCCUCACGACGUACAUCGUAGAGACACCACCUCCCUAUAUCUAUAAUUCAAGUGAUUUCGCGGCCAUGUCCUCUGGGUCAUGUGACCAUCUGAAUACAACCUAUCAACAGCCCAAACCUGCCCUAAUAGCUAAAUAUGUUGUCAUAUUAUUAGUUGUCUUCAACAUGUUGAAGGAGUUGUUUCAAAUCUUCCAAGCAAGGUGUUCGUACUUCAGCUGGACGAAUCUGAUUGAGUGGUUCACCUAUAUCUCAGCUCUACUCCUCGUUAUUGACUUCAAUGACUGUCAGAAGGAAACAGGCUUCAGAUUGUACUGGCAGUGGUCCCUGGGGGCUGUGUCUGUGUUCACGGCGUGGAUGGUGCUGUUGCAGUUCAUCCAGAAGUUCCCCAUGUUUGGAAUCUACGUUGUCAUGCUCAGCGAGGUCCUCCUCACCGUCAUUCAGGUCUUCGUCGUCUUCUUCCUCUUCAUCGUCGCCUUCUCACUCGGCUUCUACACCGUGUUCCAGAACCAGGUUGCCUUCCAAAAUGUCCCGCGCUCAAUUAUCAAAACAGGAGUCAUGAUGAUCGGCGAGUUUGAGUUUGAUGCCAUAUUCAAUGAGCAAUUUAAGUCAUCACCAGUAGACUAUCGGGAUAAAGUCCACUUUCCUGAAGUUGCCUAUGUUCUCUUUGUUACCUUCCUCAUCCUCGUGUCAAUCAUCGUCACGAACCUGCUCAUUGGUUUGGCUGUAGCUGACAUCAAGGCUGUGCAGGACCAGUCUGCCUUCAAGAAAAUGGCUAUGCAGGUUGACUUGGCACUUGACGUAGAGAAAAUCUUGCCCGAUUUCAUCAGGCGGAAGACGUACAUCCGAAGAGAAACGUUAAACCCUAACAUUUGUCUGAAGUACCCUUUAUGGAGGUUAUGGAGAUUGUUGACCUUCCAAUCUUCCUUGUCUCUUGAGGUCAUUGAGAAAGCACUCCAUCCAGAGCUGGUUCAGGAGGGCCAGGGGUAAAUGCAAGGAGAGAUAGUGGGCAUGAAGAUGACCAUGAAGGAACUCCAGGAACAGAACUCCCGGAUCGAGAGCAUGUUGCGAGUCCUCGUGACACAGUCACAACACACAAUCCAACAGAAGGAUGAAGAUCAAGUGGGAGAGCGGACUCGGGAGAACAUAGUGUCUACUUAGAGUUGCCUCCCCUGGCAAACAUGGAUUAUCCCCCUUUGUCUCUCUUGAGGCGUGUCGGUUUUGAAAACAUUUCAAUUGACAUCGCCACAUCAAAGAUUGUAUGAAAAUCAUUUUCUACUUUGGAUGGAAGUUAGCUACUCCAUUUAAAUCCAUAUUUCAAAUUUUAAACAUUGAGCAGCAGUUAAAAUGGUUUUGGAAAAAAAGGUUUGGAAAAAUCUGAACAAUGUACUGCUGAUUUGAUCAGUGUAGUACUUUUUGUUGUAUAUACUUUAAAAUGAGAAUUCAACCAAGGUUGAAAUGUAAGUGUAGAUGUAAUAAAUGUACAUCUAUCUCUAGAUAUGUGCUGGUUACAUUAUUAUGAGUAUGACGACGGUUAAUUCGACCAAACCCUUUCCAUAAUUAUAAAAUAUCUUUGCUGUUAGCAGAGUCAAUUGUGCAGAUGUUUAUGAAUCACUAUCAAAUAGUGAUGAUACCAAGAAUUCGCGUAGAACUGGCACAUCUGUGUACUUUGAAUCUAUCAAUCAAGCAAUCGUUAUAUCUUAAUACUGAGUAGGUCAUAGGCCGAUAGUACAUGUGUACAAAGUGGUUGGAGUACAUGUGAACAAUAUGCAGAUCUACAUCAAUAACCAUGAUAACUGUUAAAAUAAAUAAAGUUGUUGAGUUAAUGCUUCCUUAAAUACAUAGCAUGGGAAAUGAACCUUGACGAUUUUUUAAUUGUGACAGUAUUUUUAAUCUUCAUUUGUCAAGGUCAAAUUUAUACAAGUGAUGAAACGUGAAGAAAAUACUCAUGACUGAAUUGGUUUCUUAUGUCGACAUAAAAUGGACAAACAAGGAUAUGUGAUAGUCAUCUUUCAUAUUAUUAUACUUUGAGUCACAAGUUUUACAUAUUCAUCAUGUAGAUGACCCGUGAAGAUGCGCGGUUAGAAUAGGUCUUCAGCACCCCAUGUUUGUAAGAAGCGGCUUUGCUUGUCGUAAGAAGCGACUAACGGGGUCGGGUUGUCAGGCUCGCUGACUUGGGUCAUGCAUGUCAUCGUAUCCCAAUUGUGUGGAUCGAUGCUCAUGAUAUCAAUCACUUGAUUGUCUUGUCCAGACUCGAAUUGUUAAAGAAAGCCGCCAUAUUACUAGAAGACCAACCUGUAAGUCCCGUGACCAAAUCAUGGAAACAAAGGUUUGAAAGUGUUUUUGAGUUUCCUGAUGUAUACUGAACAAUUUUGACUUGGGCUGCCCGGUUGAAAAUCCCGGGCAUUUUGGGGAAGGGUCAACAAAGGUCAAACAGGGGUCAAAAUUCAGAAUUGUGUCGAUAUGCAUAUCAAAUUACUCGUCCAGUCAUAAGGAACCUAGAAAUAUAUAGUUUAUUAUACUUCCGACCUUAAAUGGGGGAUCUAUGGCCAAAAACGUUAAAAGGUCAACGCACUUUUGGCAGUCGGUGAAAUUCACAAACACAGACAAAUUCAACCAAGCAACAUUUAAAAGUAAAAAGGUUUACCUUGACCUUGAAAAUCGAAAAUGGUUGGCUGCACGAAGAAUUGAAAUGCUUCAGCAAAGUCACAGGAUCCUUGGCCAAUAAUGAAGCAUAUUUCAGAAUCCAUUGUCCAGUAAUGCUUUUCUAACCUUACUUUAGUGCACAGUUCAUCAUCCUACUCUGUGUCAUACCGAUCAGAUGCAGAGUCGGAAUCACUGUCACAAUCACUAGUAUCUGAAUCUGUGUCCGAUUCUACAGAGCAGUUUGCUCUGGUAUCACUCAGAUGUUGAAGCAGUGCUGGCUGUGAAUACCGUAUUGGCAAGUAAGCAUUUCUGGACAAUGGAUUCUGAAAUAUGCUGUGUUAUUGGCCAAGGAUCCUUUUAACGUUUUUGGCCAUAGAUCCCCCAUUUAAGGUCGGAAGUAUAACAAACUAUAUAUUUCUAGGUUCCUUAUGACUGGACGAGUAAUUUGAUAUUCAUAUCGACACAAUUCUGAAUUUUGACCCCUGUUUGACCUUUGUUGACCCUUCCCCAAAAUGCCCGGGAUUUUCAACCGGGCAGCCCAAGUCAAAAUUGUUCAGUAUACAUCAGGAAACUCAAAAACACUUUCAAACCUUUGUUUCCAUGAUUUGAUCACGGGACCUACAGGUUGGUCCUUGACUAUAUAGCUGGAAUAUUGCUGAGUGCGGCGUUAAACAACAAACUAACAAACAUCAUGGAGAUUCAUGGAGGCGAGGCUGGGUUCACCUCUUCUCCAGAUAUUGGGCAAAGGUUAGAUUCUCAUCAUGGCUACUUGUAAAGUGUGCUAAUGAUGUCGGGUGUGUGGCAUGGUACUGCUGGUGAUUGGUAUGAUCAGGAAACCAGUGAUAUACUGUGUGAUAGUGAUUCCCACCUUCUUGGGUAAGCCGAUACUGAUUUUGUGGUAAGUCGGGAAAGCAAAUGAAAACAUACAUUCAUACUCGCGGCAGCUCAGAAAUCUAUUUGUAUUUCAACAGAUCAGCCCAUGAUUGUACUAGAUGGAGUUUGGUUUUUAAAAAACAAUGUCAGCAGCUUUGAAAGAACUGUUACUGAUCUCAUAAAGAAUAACUUUCAAAAUGUGUACACAUUUUGAUCAUUUUUAGAUUUUUUAUGCAGGUAUCUAAAAGAUAACCAGUGGUCACAUUUGCUCAGAUUUUAUUUGCAUGUAUUUGUAUAUUUAUAACGUAAACAAGUGAUAAAGGUUGCCAUUGUCUAUUGUGCGUUGUCAAGUGUGACAAAUAUGCAGGGGAGGCUCAUUUACACCGGGUUAAUAUUCCUAACAGUCUCAUCCUUGUACAAUUAAGUUUUCAGUCAAGGGUAAUAACUCUUCUACUUCUCUCAAGAGUUGUCUCCUCUCUUACUGAGCGUUAACCACUUCUCACAGUAGAUUUUGUUUAGCUAUAACAAGGCGAUUGUUAUUUACUGGUGUACCGUCUAUAUACACCUGUUCGUUCUAUUUUUAGCACAAGUUAAGACAUUGAAAGGUAUUAACUCAUAAACAUUGUAUUAUUGUAUUAAAUGUUCAUGUUGCCAAUCGUACAUCGAUCACCAAACAUUCCAUUUUAAAAUGUUUAUUGAUUGAUUCAGUGUAUUUCAUGGAUACUUUCCCAAGUGAUGUGAUAAUUCCUUUAGUACAUCUCUAAUACUUCUAUUUUCUGGAAUAUGAGCUUAUGACAUGAUCAUCACAAAAACUUAUAUUUUCUGUAAAGAGUCAUAUUGUAUAUAGAUCUGGGAUGGGGAGGCGAGAGGCUUAGAGACGUAUAUAUUUUCCCUAAAUUGUUUGGAAUAUUUAUGUGUUUUUGUAACCUUUUUAAAACCAGGUUUCUGGACAGAUGACCAAAUACAUGCACGUCAUGCAGUAAAUAUUUCGUUGUAAACUCGUAGAAAUCUGAAAUACAGUUUUCUUAUUUCAGAACUCCCACUGUUUAUAUGGAACCAUAGGGCAACUAUACAUCAACAUAUUAUAUAUUUGCCCUCAUUUUGCAAUUCCCCGGUAAAGUAUCUUUAACAUGUAUAAUACCGAAGUGGUCAGUGCAAAUGUUUUAUAUGUAAUAUAACACAUCUUUAUCUGAAUAUUUUUAGAAUGCCCUUAUUUUGCAUUCUAGAUACUUUUUGUAUUAUUCGUCACAUAGAAUUUUCUACAAAUGAUAUAUUAUUAAAGUCAUUUUAAUACUCCGAUUAUCGGUUUUUGAUAAUAGGUCGCUUGUGGAUCGGGUGGCCGAGCUCUGAUUGCGUAUCAUCGUACCCCGACGAUGUGGGUCGUUGCUCACAAUCACUGGAUUGUUUGGUCCAGACUCGACUUUACAGGACUAUCCUAUUGUCGAACACCUGAUUGGUUUCGUACUUUAGCGAGGUUGUUUUUUGAAUGAAAAGACAUGUUUUGGCGCACAGUUCUCAACAUAAUUCUCGCAGGUCGGCAUAAAAAUUGAAAAAGUAAUUGACUGUUUGAAACCUAUUCACAAAAUAUGAAUAUUUGAAACAUGAUUGUGUUCACACUAUUGUACUCUUCCUUUUCAUGACGGGCACAAAAAGUCUGACUGACGAAGGAAUGUUCUGACAUGUGUACAGUACUUCACAUGUACUCAGUGUUGACAGGCCGAAAGCAUGCAUUCACAAGUCGGCAGCUUUGAUGACGUUACACCUCUCCCAAUAAUGCGACAAAUCAAUAUC